AUGUUACCACCGCCACCAAUAGCACCUAAACCAAAGAAUGACAGGGGUUCUGCAAUUUCUCCUGGUUUUAGAAAUCGACCUGUCAGUAAUAGUUUUAACAAUGCUAAGAUGCUUUUUAAUAAUUUAUCACAGCCACAAACUAGAACAACACUUACAAAUGCAAUAAAAUCACCUAUUGUCCAAAAAGCUGUUAUACCUAGUGUUCAGAAUAGUCAGGUUCGAGAGUCUGUUACUAUGACUAGUAAUAAUACAACUACAAGUAUUAAUGGAGGAGAAAAAGUGGCGAAAGACGAUAAAUUUAAACAACAAUUAGCUGAUAUUAUCAAACAUUUUGAUAAGUCACCAGCUAUUAUUUCAUCUAAUACUAAAAACUCUUUAAAGUCCAGUUUAAAAUCUACAAAUGUUACGGCUAAUAAUUAUAAUCAUUCAAUAACACCAGAACCAUUAGAUCCAUUUAAUUAUACAAAUAUUAACAAUAUUAAUUCUAAUAUUUUUUCUCAAAAUCAAAAUACUAAUAAUAGUAUGCUUACAAAAAAAGAUACCACCUCAUUAACAAUAGAUGAUAUAUUAUUUGGUGAGGUUGGACAAAAUAAAAAAAUUGCACCAAAUAGACCACCACCACCAAAAAAGAAAAAUGAUCUUGGUACAUCAUUAUCAUAUUCUAGUGAUUUAGAUUGUUAUGAUCAACAACAUCAAAAUUUAUAUUAUCAGGAACAACAUAAUGAUUAUCAUACAACAUUACAAGAAGAAUUUAAUCCAUACUGUCCAUCAAAAAAAUAUGGUCCUGGUCUUGCAGCAUUAGAAAAAAAUUUACGUAAUUCACCAGAUAUUCAUUUAACAGAACCAUAUGCUAUAGCUAUAUAUCCAUAUAAACCUAAUCAUUUUGAUGAAAUACCAUGUGAGGUUAAUGAUAUAAUAAUACUUAUAAAAGAAAUAGAUGAAUAUUGGGUUGAGGGAAAAAAUUAUAGAACAGGUGUUACUGGUAUUAUUCCACUUAAUUAUUUACAAAUAAAAUUACCAUUAGCACCAGUUACAACAUCAGAAAGUCCCUACUAUUCAUCUGGAUAUGGUUCAUCAUCUUCAUUAUCACCAAAAAAUUUUGAUACAUCUGGGAAAUCUGGUGAUAAUAAUAAGACUAGUAAUAAUGUUAUUCUUUGUACAGCUAUAUAUGAUUAUGAUAGUGGUAUUGAAGGUGAUUUAAAAUUUUCUGCCGGUGAUAUAAUUGUUAUUCAUGAACGACUUAAUGAUGAUUGGUUACGUGGGCAGUUAGGAAAAGUAAUAGGAAUAUUUCCUAUUUCUUAUGUAAAUAUACAAAAUCUUGAUUCAAUUCCAUUUUGUAGUGGUAAAGUAAUAGUACCAUCAAAUGAUGGUAAUAAUUAUGUAAAAGCAUUAUAUGAAUAUAAUAGUCUUAUUGAGGGAGACCUAACUUUUAGUUCAGGUGAUCUUAUUAAAAUUAUUGAAAAAAUUAGUGAUGACUGGAUUCGUGGUGAAUUGAAUGGAAUAGUUGGUUUAGUUCCAAUGACAUAUGUUGAAAAAGUGUAA